GUUCUUCUACUACUUCCAAUAUUACUAUAGUGCUUUUACUAAGUGAAAAGGUCUUAUUAUCUGAUAAUGAAAUUCGAAUAAGUAAUAACUAUGAUGAUAAACUUCUUAAGAUAUGGCAAACAACUAUUUCUUCUAGAAAAACAAUUUUUCAGGAUUAUAACAUAAAUGAUACUGAUAAUAUCUUAUUAAACACAUCUAUAAUACCUUCUGACAAUAAACUGACUACAAAUAAUAACUUAAUUAUACAAAAUCACUAUAUAGGUAUAGAAAAAUUUUCAAUAGGAUUAAAUAAAGAACAAAUGAAAGCGUACUUUCUAGUAUGCGAUCAUCAUCGAAGAAAUGUGCCAAAUGCUAUUGAUAAGCUAUCACAUUUACUACUAUACCUUACAGGUGCAGAAGGCACAGGAAAAACUAAAGUCAUCAAAUCAAUAAUUUCUUAUUUUGAAUAUAUGUCACAACAUCAUACCAUUAUCAUUCUUGUAUCUACAGGCAUUGCUGCUGCUCUUAUAUCUGGUUACACAAUUUAUUCUGCCUAUGGUUUUGGUUUUGAGGACUAUGUUACAAGAAACGAUAUUCGCGUUCAAUUAAAUUAUGAUACUACUAUAGAAAAUGCUCAAAAACAAAAUAGAUUACUUAUCUAUUCAUGCGCAGAAGAUACUUACUGUCAACAUCCUUUAAAAGGAAAUAUACGUAAAAAAUUUUUAUCUGUAUCGGAUACAAGAGAAAAUGUACUUAGUGGAAUUUUACCCCUUUUUAUUAGAAUGAAAAUUAUAUUAACAGUAAACAUCUGUAUUGGUGAUAAUUUAGCAAACGCCAGAUCUUAUGAAAAUCUAUACCUCAACCAUGUACCAAUAUACCCUGUAAAAAGAGCUUGCUUGUAUACUAUAUGGAAACUUGAUGGAACUAAGUCACAAUGUCAAUUUCAACGAUUUCAACUUCCUUUAACUCUAGCUUAUGCUUUUACUGACUAUAAAUGCCAAGGUCGAACUUUGGAUAAAGCAGUGAUCGACCUAUCAAAUGCUAAUACUUAUAAUAGCACGUAUGUCAUACUCUCUAGAAUAUGCAGAUUAAAUGAUUUAUUAUUUUUACACCCCUUUGACGAAUCUUUAUUGAAUAUGAAUUUACCACCUACACUUAGUGCAGAAAUUAAAUAUCUAGAAGAAUGUGCAAAACUUACAACAAAGUUAGAGAAAUGGCCAGACGAAUAUUGUGAUCAAAAUGAUACUGUUUAA